UCUUUAAAGGUUGCAGCAGCGGCCCCGUGUACGCCUGUGCAUAGCGAGGGGGAGCGGGGGGGCGGGGAGGGGGGGUAGAGCAGGGAAAAGAGUGUGUGCGUGAGUGAGUGUGAGUGUGUGUGUGUGCGUGUGCGUGUGCAGGGCCGGCGGGACGCCUGCGGGCUCCGGGCUGGGGCUCCGGGCUCCGGGCAGCGCUAUGGGGGGGGCCCGGCGGCCGGCGGGGGGGUGAGGAGCGGAGCGGGGCGGGCGGCGGCGGCGCGGCCCGGGAUGGGACCGGCGCUGCCCGCACCUGGCCCUGGGGAAGGGAAAAAACGCAAGUGGGAAAGAAAUUGAAGAAAUUUGGGGCGGCGGUGGACGGGGGGGUUUGGGGGGGGGGUGGGUUGGGGGGGUGGGGGGGGGUGGAAGCGCAGCCACCAUUAUCCGUCCCCGCUCCGAAAGUCGCUUCCCCGCCUCCCUGCCGGAGCCGGAGCCCGAGCGGGGCGAGGAGAGCCUGAGGAAGUGCGGGGUGAAAAAAGAAAGAGAAACAGGCGGGCAGGGCUCGCCCGGCCGCCGCGGAGCGGCCAUCUCGGCUGGGAGCGGGGCCGCAUCCAUGGAGUUCCCGGGCGGGCGCUCCUGAGGAAGGGCCCGGCCGGCGCGGCCCCGGCAAUGACACCGGAUUGAGGCGGCGAGGGGGCUCUCCCGGCCGGGGACUGCGGGAGCAUCCCCCGCCCCCCGCCCCCUCCCCGCCCGUAACCCGAGAGACAGCCUCAACUCUUGGAGGACACUCUCCUGGCAAAGUCUCAUUGCAGCUCACAAACAGAGCAGAGAAUUCAGCCGGUGUUUGCUCAACUGUCACAGCGUCAGAGGUGACGGCGCAGGGGGGACGUGUGGAUGAGCUCUGGGGAAGAGAUGGAAGAAAAACGACGCAAGUACUCGAUCAGCAGUGAUAACUCAGACACCACUGACAGUCACACCACGUCUGCUUCUAGAUGCUCCAAAAUUCCAAAUACCAAAUCCACCUGGUCACGGCAGAAGGAGAAGAAGCCCUCUGAGGUUUUCCGUACAGAUCUGAUAACAGCCAUGAAGAUCCCCGACUCCUUCCAGCUGAGCCCCGACGACUACUACGUCCUGGCUGAUCCCUGGAGGCAGGAGUGGGAGAAGGGCGUCCAGGUGCCAGCGAGUGCUGAGGCCAUCCCUGAGCCCGUGGUCAGGAGCAUACCCCAGCUGGAGAGCUCACCUUCACAGGUUUCACCAAGUAGCCCGCCUGGCUCUGAGAUUUCGGAAGCUACGAAGACUUACUUGCAAGGAAUGAGCCGCUAUGACCUGGAUGAGCUCGAUGCUUACUGGUUGGAACUUGUUAAUAUGGAGCUCAAGGAGAUGGAAAAGCCCGAGCUGGAUGAGAUCACCCUGGAGCGAGUGCUGGAGGAGCUGGAGACCAUGUGCUACGAGAACAUGAACAUGGCCAUCGAGACGGAGGAGGGCUUGGGCAUCGAGUACGACGAGGACGUGGUGUGCGACGUCUGCCGCUCGCCCGAGGGGGAGGACGGCAACGAGAUGGUCUUUUGUGACAAGUGCAACGUCUGCGUUCACCAGGCAUGCUAUGGCAUCCUGAAGGUGCCCAUCGGGAGCUGGCUGUGCCGGACCUGUGCCCUCGGUGUCCAGCCCAAGUGUCUGCUGUGCCCCAAGAGAGGGGGAGCGCUGAAGCCCACCCGGAGCGGGACGAAAUGGGUCCACGUUAGCUGUGCCUUAUGGAUACCUGAAGUUAGCAUUGGAUGUCCUGAAAAAAUGGAACCCAUUACGAAGAUCUCACAUAUCCCAGCAAGCAGAUGGGCUUUGUCCUGCAGCCUCUGCAAGGAGUGCACUGGGACGUGUAUUCAGUGCUCCAUGCCUGCCUGUGUCACCGCGUUCCAUGUCACCUGCGCCUUUGACCACAACCUCGACAUGCGGACUAUUCUAGCAGACAACGACGAAGUGAAGUUCAAGUCCUUCUGCCUUGAGCACAGCACUGGUGCCACCAAGUUGCCCGAGGAGGCACGGACAGAGCCCGACCAAGCCCAGCUGGACUUGGAGAAGGUCACGCUGCGGAAGCAGAAGCUCCAGCAGUUGGAGGAGGACUUCUAUGAACUCGUGAAGCCUUCAGAGGUGGCGGAGAACCUUGACUUGAGCGAAUCGCUGGUGGAUUUUGUCUACCAGUACUGGAAGCUGAAGAGGAAAGCAAAUUCCAACAAACCGCUGCUGACACCAAAAACAGAUGAAGUGGACAACUUGGCCCAGCAAGAACAGGAUGUUCUCUACCGGCGCUUGAAGCUCUUCAUGCACCUCAGGCAAGACCUGGAGAGGGUCAGAAAUCUCUGUUACAUGGUCACGAGACGGGAGAAAAUGAAACACACCAUUUGUAAACUCCAGGAGCAGAUCUUCCAUCUCCAGAUGAAGCUCAUCGAGAAAGAUCUUUACCCAGAACAAACUGGGAAGAAGACAAAGGGUAAGAAAAGUGACCCGAGAAGGAGAGGAAGAGAUGGUAGAAAAAAUAGUCCCGAGAAGAAAGAGAAAAGGAAAUCAGUCAACGAAACUGUAUUGGGACAACUGGGCUUGUCAACCUCCUUCCCCAUCGACGGGACCUUCUUCAACAGCUGGUUGGCACAAUCAGUCCAGAUCACCGCUGAGAACAUGGCGAUGAGCGAGUGGUCCCUCAACAACGCCCACCACGAGGACAGCACCCCCGGCCUCUCCGAGGAGCUCCUCCAGGAUGAGGAGACCUUGCUGAGCUUCAUGAUGGACCAUUCCCUCAGGUCCCCGUUUAAGCAGAGCGAGGCCUCCAAGAAAAUGAGAAGCAAAACAAGAACGAACACUAGGAAAAAGCUGCCCAGGAGCAGCCCCCCCACCACGGGCGGGAGCCACCCGGAGAGCUCGGAGCCUUGGACUAACAACGGCAGCGACUUGUCAGAUGAUGCCACCAAACCCUUGGCUCCCGAUUCCAGACCGGGAAAGUCGGAGAAAGGGGCGGCCAAGCCCCCUGCCGACCGCAAAGGGCCGGGCGAGGCCAAGAAGGCGGCCAAGAAGGGCUCAGUCCCCAAGGCUGGAGAGCCUCACCCCCCUCACCCCGCCGCUGGGGCCAGGGGCUGCCUCAGCCAGGAGGAGGAGGAGACGCCGCAUGGCGCCCAGCCGGAGCCCAGCCCCGCGGCCAAAGUGCCUGACUCCCUAGGUAGCCCCAAAAGCCUCGUGAGGCUCAAAUUACCAAAGGAGGGCCGAGGGACACGGAGGGCGCAGCCCCCCAAGGCGGAGGGCGCCGGCGGGGCCGCCCUGCGUCGCUUCGAGGCCGAGACGGACGGGUACUUCUCUGACGCCGAGAUGAGCGACUCGGACGGGGAGCCCCGCCGGGCGCAGCGGGGCCAGCUGGAGGCGGCCGGCGAGGACAUCGUCAGGAUGAGCAUCCUGGCCUCCUAACUCCUCCCCAGCUCGACGAGGCCUCAACCCAGUUCCAACUGCCAUGUCCCAAUUCCUGCCUGGUGUCACAGCGAAGGGGGAUUUUUAAUAUGUGUAUAUAGUUGGAAAUUCGGCACUGUUGUCUUUUUUUCUUCUCUCACACGCCUGAGAUAACAGCUUCAGCUUCACCGACGUCCAUGGCCGUGACAGCAGUGGUCCCUCCCCAGCUCCCUGCCAGGCCACACUUCCCGGGAAUGCCUGCCAGCACCUGGCGGGAGCGAUGCCAAGAGGGUGGAGGUGCCGGUACCUGUGCUUUCUGCAGGGAUGACAGUUUAAUUAAUGGGCAUUAUUUAAUGAGGGGCAGAUUCCUGCCCGGGACGGUUGCCCCCGGAGCAGGGAGCGAGCAGAGGGUAGGGGAGCAGCCUGCGUGAGGAAGCAAAUUAAGCGAUACUAAACUAAAUAAUGACUAAAGCACAAAAAGCUUGUUGGAGGAAAGCACGUGGGAUGGCAGAGAGCACUCUUACAUUUCUGUUUUUAGGGAAGAAAAAAAACAAACCCACGGGCAUGAUUAUUCCCCGUUCCAUCUGUUUGGCAUCCAUCCAGGGGCCAGGAUGCAGAAUUCCUCCCCAUCCCUGCCCCCCUCGAGGUUGUUCAAAAAACUGAAGUGAGUUACUCAGGUGAAGGGAUCAGCUGUUACGAGGCUGGGAAAUGGCAACGUGGGGCAGGAUGGAGGAGAAAUGCAUCCCUUAAAACCCACCGCCAGGCAUCGGGGUUUUGGGUGUAACCCGGGAGGUUGAGUGAAGUUUUUCUGCCCGUGCUUCUCUCUGCUGGUCCCACCGUGCCGGGGCGACUCGUUUGAAAUCCCCUUUGCACAAGGAAGCACCGGACGUCCCGUCCCCGAGGGGAACACAAACGCUGCCUUCACCAUUUUGUUUCCCUACUUAAUGCUACAAUGGAAAUGGUGAAUUUAUUCCUCCCCAUCCUUUUUUUUUUUUUUUUAAUUAUUAUUAAUUAUUAUUAUUAUUAUUAUUAUUCUUUAAAUCCUGGUUACAAGCUGUCGACUCAUUGUGGGAGGGUGAUUCAGAGAAGCUGACAUUAUAAAUAUUACAAUAAUUUAAUGCAUAAAAUGUCCCCAGUAAGCCUUAAAUGUUGUUUAAAAGCCCACAUUACCUACAAGUCAGGCGAAUUUCCAUGUUUGCACUUAAUUGCACCAUUACUUCGGUUUUGGCUUCAAAGGUCACAGUUAAGUCGUGCUACGUGUUUUAUUGGAGUGACCCCAGUGUGAGCUCAGGGAACAAACAAAACAAACAAACAAACAAAAAAAAAUAGGAAUUCACUGAAACUUUUGUUGUCGUUGUUUUUUAAAAAUAAAAAUAAAAAAAGUUUAAAAAAAAAAAAGUUUUAAAAAAAUACAAAAACAAGAAACCAAACCUGGGACACUUCUGCAACCGGUUCUACCCAUCACUAAUCAAAAAAACCCAACCUUGCAAUUGUCAAACCUAUCAGUCAAAUAAUGUUGUGGAUGCCAAAGAAUAUUUUGACAGUCAAGCAGCACAGCCAGAAACCGGAAACUUGUCAUUCUGAAAAUAAAUAAACAAACUACAGAUAAAGGAAAAAAAACAUAUUGGGAGUUAUUUAGCAACAAAGGACUAGAGACACACUCAUACCACACUGCUGCGGCGUUAGGUUCCAGGCUUGCUCCCAGGGAUGCUGCUGCUCCCAGACCGCAUCCCGCUGCUUUGGUUUCCGAUGCUUUUUGCUCAUUUCACUGUGAGCUUUCUGUUGAAACUCUUGGAGACUCCUUCGAUCAAUGUUUUUAGAGUAGAUCAUCUUGAUCAGCCUUCCAAAGUCCUUAUUCUUGGUAAAAUUGCAGCAAAGCUAAGCGGUGACAGCCCAGCUCAUCCCAGGCAUGGAGAGCGGCGGGUGGGAUCCUCAGCACCCAGCCCUGCCUGAGCCCAGCACUAACCCGGCCAGGACUGACCAUGCCUGGGGAGGAAUCGUCCUCCCAUGGGAAAAAUGGGAUGCGAGUUAUUAGCAGGAAAACAAAACAAAAACAACCAACAAUCAACGAGAACCACCUUCGUUAUCAAUUAGCGUAAUCUGUUGAGGUUGGAAAUGAAAAAUCUGCUCAUUAAUUAAGGCUCAGUAUGUUCAGAUAAUGUUAAAUACAGUAAAUAGGACUUAGUUUAUCUUAUCAGGCUUGCUAGCUUUAGCUACAGUAUCCUAGUAUAAGAGUCAUAACAAUAAUCAAUAUGCUGCCUUUUAAUGAAUCUUGCUUCCGUGUGCUUCACUCAAUUAUGGUUAAAAAGAAAAAAAAGCAAUCCACAAAUUUCACUGUACACAGCUCCAUUCAUCAGCUUCUGCACUACUUGUCUUCUCAGUACAGGAAAGCAAAAAGGGGGAGACUUUAAAGAACAACCAACCCAAAGCCACCAGCACCAGGCAGUAAAGUCUGAAACGCUCCCAAAGUGUCAGGCACCGUUUUUUGCCAUCAGGAGAUGGUGGGGAAUGCUAAAGGGGGCUGGUGGGGCAUGUCAGACCAGGGAGAAGAACGGGAUGUGGGGAAUAGAGAGGAGAAAAGGGCUCGUGAAGUGUGGGGCUGGGCCACAGCAGGAGGGUCUGGAGCAUCCGCUGUCUGGAGCAUUCUCUGCCUGGAGCAUUUCCUGCCCAGAACAUACCCUACCCAGAGCAUCCCUUACCUGGAGAAUUAACUUGCAUGGAGUAUCCCCUGUCUGGAGUGUUCCCUGCCCAGAGCAUUCCCUGCCUGGAGCAUCCUCGCCACCACCUCGGGAACCAGGUGCCUGGUAUUAGGGAGAGAAAAAUGCACAAGGCGAAUAUUUUUGAUGUUACUGUAAAUGUAUUUUGAAAGGAAUAGAAGUGUGGGGGGGG